AUGGCGACAACAACAGUCAACGGCGACAGCAAGCCCCUAAAAGUCGCCAUCGUUGGCGGCGGACCAGGAGGCUUAGCCCUCGCACUUGGCCUCCAGCAACACGACCAUCUUGAAGUCCAUGUCUUCGAGUCCAAGCCCAAGCUGGGUGACAUUGGCGCCUCGGUCACAUUGUCCACCAAUGCUCUCGCAGCUCUCAAAUCGAUAGCACCUGCUAUGCAAAAGGUGUUGGAUAAGUGCCUUACCAACUUCGGCACUACUGACAUGGGUCCCCGCGGUCCCCGCAUCUACGCUGGCGGCGGCGAACGUUGUGGGGAAUAUCUCGGACGGGCAGAGUUCGCGAGACCUGUAUUUGCUAGCCACAAUAUUCAUCGAGCGACUUUUGUGACGGAGCUGGAGGCGGAACUGGAUAGGACUGCCGUACAUCUUGACUCCGGUGUCAGAGGCUAUACCCAAGACGACAGUGGUGUGCACCUGGAGUUGUCCAAUGGCUCGAAAGAGACCUUCGAUGCUUUAUUUGGAGCGGAUGGUUUGCGAAGUGUCGUGCGAGCAUCCAUGUUUGGCUCCUCACCGUCCAGCGAGCCUACUUUCACCGGCGCAGUCGCGUAUCGGGGCUUUGUGCCCUUUGCAGAUGCCGAACGAGCGCUUGGCAAAGAGAGAGCCGGCGAGGCUAGCUUCAUGUUCGGACCUGGUCUGUUGCUGCUUGGUCAGCCGGCCGAUCAUGGUCGCAUGUACAACAUGGUGACCUGCACCACAGGACAUGAGCGAUGGUCUCAUGAGAAGUGGACUAUUCCAGUCGAGCCAGAAGAACUGAGGAAUGCCUUGAGCGACUGGGGCACACCGGGCGACCGUUGGCUUGAGCUCAUUAACAAGCCAGGAAUGAUGAAAUGGGCAAUUUUCCAAUCCGCGUUUCUGCCGUACUUCAACGACGGUUCCGUGGCGCUCCCCACUCAUUGA